AUGCUCUCCGAAGAAUUAAGGUUUCAUCGUUUGAAUUUAGAUAGCUUUGAGACUCCAUACAUCCAACAUUGUAUUCUUGAGAUGUCAAUAUCUGAUGUUUCGAGUGAUCUUACUAUAGAAAUCGGAUCAGCUAGUUUUGGUCUUCACAAGUUCCCUCUAGUUUUGCGAAGUGGAAGAACUAGAAAGCUGCUGCUAGAGGCGAAGGAUAUAAAGGUUUCAAGAAUCAAUCUUACUAGUCUUCCUGGUAGAUCUGAUGCAUUUGAACUUACUGCAAAGUUCUGCUAUGGAGUGAACGUUGAGCUUACCAUAUCAAAUGUGGCAUUACUCAGAUGUGCAACCAGGUUCAUGGAAAUGACAGAAGAUAUCUCCGAGAAAAAUCUGAAAAUUCAUACUGAGGUAUUCCUUAAGGAUGCGGUAUUUCCAAACAUAUCCAACUCGAUAUCUGUUCUUCGUCGCUGUGAAACAUUACUACCGGUAUCUGAAGAAGUCAAUCUUGUUAGCCAGUUUAUAAACGCAAUUGCAAACAAUGCCUGUAAAGAGAAACUAACAUCUGAUUUGUCAAAGCUAGAGUAUAAUUUUCCAUCCAAACCUGUUCAGUGCGUUGAUUCUGAGACACCAUCAGACUGGUGGAGAAAAUCACUCGGGAUGCUAAAUCUGAAUUUCUUUCAGAGAGUUCUGUUGGCAGUAAAAAUAAAAGGUCCUAAACAAGUCAUUAUCAGCAAAAUUUUGAUAAAUUAUGCCCAAAAUUCUCUUCACGGCUUGUUCAUCAAGGACCCUCAGUUGGUUAAAGAAAGUUUAUUGGAUUUGGAUUUGCAGAAAAGACAAAGGAUCAUCGUCGAAAUAAUAGCUGGCUAA